CGGCAAACUCAUCUCGACUCUCAGUAGCUCGAGAUGGCUCGUCUUUUGCUCUUGGUCUUGGGCCUGGCCCUUUCGGUUUCCGCCCAAUACGGCGUCCCGAAGCCCCAUCAGGCACCUGGAGGCACCGCACCACCUGCACAGGCUGGCGCCGAACAGUGGCUGCUCAAGCCCACUGUGUUCCCCGCCUCGCGCUUCGACGCCCGCGCCGACGCCGACCUGCUGCACGAGGCCUUCAAGGGCCCCCUGGCCAACGAGUCCGUCAUCACGUCCAUCCUGCCCCACAGAAGUCUUGCCCAGAGACUCGUCAUCGCCGACAAGUACAAGAAGUACCACGGCAAGGAACUGAGGGAAGAACUGAAGGAUGAGCUCACCGGCCACAUGGAGGAGGUCAGCAAGGGCAUGGUCACCCCUCUGCCCAUCCAGUACAGCAAAUUCCUCAAGGACGCCAUGGAGGGCCCUGGAACCAGCGAGGGUGAACUCACCGAGAUUCUGUGCGGCAGCGACAACGCCAUGAUCAAGGACAUCGUCCAGUCGUACACCGAAAGAUACGGAAAGCGUCUGCAGGCUGAUUUGGAGAGCGAGACUUCCGGAUCUUUGGAGCGUCUGCUCGUUCUGUUGAUCCAGGCCAACAGGGACGAGUCGUACCUCGUCAACAACCAGAAGGUCAGCGACGACGUCGUCGCUCUUUACAACGGCGGCAAGAUCAACUGGCACGACGACUCCACCAGGCUGAACCAGGUGCUCGCCCUGCGCAGCUUUGCCCACAUCCGUCGCGUGUUCCUCGAGUUGUCCCGCAAGACCGGCAAGGACAUCAAGGAUAUCGUCGAGGAUCAGUUCUCGAGCGGCACUGAAGACGGCUACGUCGCCUGUGUGAGAGUGCUCCAGGACCCCCAGAAGUACUUUGCCAAGGUGCUGAACAAGGCCAUGGAGGGCCUGGGCACCAGCGACAAGACCCUGAUCCGCGUGGCUCUGACCAGGUCGGAAAUCGACCUCGGAAACAUCAAGGAGGCCUACCAGCAGAAGUACCAACGCUCUGUCAUUAAGGACAUUCAGGAGGAAACUUCUGGCAGCUACAGAAACAUGUUGACCGCCAUCUUCGAGUAAAUUUUUUUUUCAAGUAUGCUGUAAACUAAGUAAGAGAAGAGAAAAAAUGGAAGAAAAACACGUCUGAUUUUGUAAAACCAUGGAAAUAUGAUAUUCCAACAUUUCAUAUAUCAAAUUUAAUAAAGAGUAUUCACAACCUGAA